UGACGGUAUCUUGCUGAGGCAGAGUGAUGGUUUCAAAUGUAUUUUACAACAUGAACCACAUGUUCUUUCAUAUUACAAAUUUCCAAAUCAUGAGUCAAAAUAUUUAGAAUGUGUGCAGUGCAACCAUGGACUCAAACUUCAGUUCAUUUGCUUGUUCUAAUUGUUUUCUCAUCUUGUUGACAUUGGCUGCAUUAGAUACUUAAGUCUUUCCUUAAAAACUGUGCUUCCGUACUGACACCCUGCCUGGUCAAACUCUUUCGCCUCUGCCUCUCAACAUCUACCUUUCCUUCCUGCUGGAAGUACGCCUUCAUACAGCCUGUGCCUAUAAGAAGGGUGACCAUUGCAAUCUCUCAAACUACCGCCCUAUAGCUUUAUUUUCCUGUCUAUCUCAAGAUUUUGAAUCAAUCCUUAACCGGAAGAUUCCAAAGCCCCUUUCCACUUCUGAUCUUCUAUCUAAUCGCCAGUAUGGGUUCCGCAAGGGGCGUUCAACUUGCAAUCUUCUUGUUCUCUUAACUGACUCUUGGUCAUCCUCUCUUAGCCGUUUCGGUGAAAUUUUCUCAGUUGCACUAGACAUAUCGAAAGCUUUCGAUAGUCUAGUCCAACUCUUUGCUUUCUAAACUGCCCUCAUACGGAUUCUAUCCUUCUCUCUGUUCCUUUAUUUCCAGUUUCCUUUCCGGCCGUUCUAUCUCUGCCAUAGUAGACGGUCACUGUUCUUCCCCUAAACCUAUCAACAGUGGUGUUCCACAGGGCUCUGUCCUAUCACUCAUUUUCUUCCUGUUAUUCAUAAAUGAUCUUUCCAUAACAAACUGUCCUAUCCACUCAAACGCUGACGACUCCACUCUGCAUUAUUCAACUUCUUUCAACAGAAGACCCUCUCAACAGGAACUACAAGACUCCAGACUGGAAGCUGCAGAACGCUUAACCUCAGACCUUACUAACAUUUCCGAAUGGGGUAAAAGGAACCUUGUGUCCUUCAAUGCCUCAAAAACCCAAUUUCUCCACCCAUCAACUCGACACAAUCCUCCAUACACCUAUCUCCUAUUCUUCGACAAAUCAACUGUCACCUUCUUCUACACUAAACAUCCUUGGCUCAAAAUCUCAACUGGAAACUUCACAUCUCUCUUACUUAAUCAGCUUCCUUGGGGUUGGGUGUUCUGUAUCGUCUCCGCCAGUUCUUCUCCCCGGCACAGAUGCUUUCCAUGUAUAAGUGCCUUGUCCGCCCUCGUAUGGAGUAUGCAUCUCACGUGUGGGGAGGCUCCACUCACACAGAUUUCUUGGACAGAGUGGAGUCUAAGCCUCUUCGUCUCAUCAGCUCCCCUUCACAUACGGAGUCUUUUACCUCAAAUUCCGCCGCCAUGUUGCAUCUCUUUCUAUCUUCAAUCGACAUUUUCAUGCUGACUGCUCUUCGUACUUGCUAACUGCAUGCCUCCUCCCCUCCCGCGGCCUCACUGCACACGACUUUCUAUUCAAGCUCAUCCCUAUACUGUCUAAACCCUUAAUGCAAGAGUUAACCAGCAUCUCCAUUCUUUCAUCCCCUUCACUGGUAAACUCUGGAACAGCCUUCCUUCGUCUAUAUUUCCUCCUCCCUAUGACUUGAUCUCUUUCAAGAAGAGUGUAUCAAGACACCUCUCCAUCCAAAAUAGACCUCUCUUUUGGCCACUCUAUACUUUUCACUUUGUGGGAGCAACAGUCUCGAUAUUUAUACACGAGGAAGCUUCACUGUUUGCCGUGUAAGAAAAAACGGGAGGCAAAGACGGAGGAAGAGGCCAGUAAGGCAGAGCACACACACACACACACACACACACACACACACACACCUUCCCGUCAGUCAGACAUGCCAGUCCGGUGGCGACGAAGCAACGCACAGUCACGCCACCUCCGCCGCCACCACCACCACCACAACGCACGGCAUGCAAACUGCCCCGCGCCCUCCCACACCGCCGCCGCCUGCCGCCACUCAUGCACGGAGCCCCCGUCUUACCGCCACCCUUGCUGCUCAUUCAAGUUGAGCGAUAAACUCAUUGGCUGACCAUUUGUGGUGUCUAGCGAAACCCAUGAGCAUUAGAACUGAGGCAGGCAAAUCGCUGAACCAGCUGACUUGCGUUGAGUCUGGUUGCAUGGAAAAGUAAAGCAUUUACUAAUACUUAGGAAAUAGUGUGGUGGCGAUAAAUCCAAAAUUACCGUUGACUGUUGAUGUUGCGUCACACGGCACCCAAAGACGCGGGUUUAUUAUCACUAAAGUGAUGCAGUCAAUGUUGUAUAAUGGCUGAAGUAGCGAAAGUGAAGAAAUAUCCACAAAAAAUACUUGAAAACUUAAUACAUGUUUAUCACUGACCGACGCUGUCAAGUGAGGAAAGAAAACGUGUGUGCAGGAACUCGUCGCUCGACAGUAAAGUGGAGUCAGUGACCUACUGAUGCGUUGCGACCACGAUGGAUGCCUCCUCUGUUGUGUAGAGAAAGUGGCUAGAGUGAACUGUGCUUCAAAGGUGUCUCGCGUCUAUCUAUGUCCCUUGACCCACAGAAACAACACAUGCAUGAGGUGAGUCAGUAGAGAUACUAUGGAGCUGAGCCUUGCCUGCUCUUCUAUACGGAAAAAUAAGGAUAUAACUGUAGGGGUGUCUUGUGUCUGUCAGAUCGUAUCGUACACCAUCUGACUCUUGGUGUUCAGUUAAUCAUUAAGAAUGCAAUGAAAUCACGACUUUUUCGCUGUUCGUCAAGAAGUAACAGAAUCGAGACUUAUGUUGUCUUGUGUGCUGUGACUAAAAUUUCGCUUCACAGACUAAUUUUUGGCACGUAUCAGAACCACUGAAGAAAACAAUGGAGCCAAGAGGUGUCUGCUGUUGGAUCAGGGAAGCAACGGAAAUGAGACUAACUCUAGGCGAGCAUACAUGUGUUCAAUAAAACGGGGACAAACACAAUGGAGGCGCGACGGAUCACUCAACGCGCAGAAAGGAAAAACACACGAAGGAAACCAUGCUAGCUCCUUUGUCUCUCUUCUGUACCACCUCCUCCGCGACUCGACUUCGGAAACAAAACACAAACUAAACCGAACGAACAUAAAAACGUGGAUAAGAAACAGUGCUUAUAUAUAAUUAUUGAAAGUCAUACAAGAACCACAUUUUUCAUUACAACCAGUCACCACACUGUAGUCAGCAACACUUUGGGAGCCGAAGCAAAGGCGGAUCCAUAUAUCAAUACCUCACCUGAUCCGAUACAGUGUUGUUUUGUUCACACCCCCGCGGCUUGCUCAACAAAGGCUACACUCGUCUGACGCAUACAACAAGUGUCUGCAAGUUGAUAAUUACAGGAGACAUGAAUUGUGGAGGUAAUGGAGAGACGGACAGAGUGAAGGGGAAAAACAACGGGGAAUACUAAUGGAGGAGAAUAGCGAGUGAACAUGACGCAUAAACUUCCCACGGUGCUCAGACAGAGAUUGAUUUGUUACUAAGACCUUCACAAACACUUUAGCCGUAAAUACACCUGCUUGAAAAGGCUCUUGUGCAGGGUAAGGGGAUUGUCGUGGAUGGUUUUAUGGCCUCAAGUGAUAAAGAUCUUUGCACCAUGAACGCGUAAAAACACCCCAUGGAGCUUGUCUACUUUAUCUGUGGUCUUAGAAAAUUGCCGUAUAAUGAGACCCCGAAGCGUCUGACAAUAAGCUACACGGAGGAAUUUUCACGCAUUGACCUUUGACCUUUAUGUGACAAGGCAAGGUCGUUGUAAGCUGUUCAAUUAAGUUCUGCCGCUCAUUAAUCAAGACCAACGAUACAUGCUGCUUGGAGAAGGGACUGACAGGGACAGACAAACGUGCAUUUAAAACAGUGAAAAUAUGAGGUGGCGGGAACCUACAAACAACGCGGUGAGUUUCAGACGUUCAGUAGCAGAGGAAGCAGUAAAUUAAGUCUUCGGCAGUGUUAAAGUUACGCUGAGAAGUUACACUGAAAAUUUUAGCUAAAGAGUUACGAUGAAAAGUUACGCUCCAAAGUUACGAUGAGAAAGUACACUGAAAACCUACGCUAAAAAGUUCCGCUGAAAAAUUACCCAGAAAAGUUCCAUUGAAAAUUUUCGCUGAGAAGUUCCACUGAAAAUUUACUAUCAAAAGUGAUGAUGAAAAAGCUGAAAAGUUAUACGUUGAAAAGUUGCUAUGAAAGGUUCCAAUGAAAAUUUACGCUGAGGUGUUACGCUCAAAAGUUACGUUGAAAAGUGAGGCUGAAAAGUUACAUAGAAGAGUUACGAUGAAAAGUGACAUGAAAAAUUACAAUGGAAAAUACGCUGAAAAAUUAGACAGACAGUGACCCUAAAGACAACAGUAUCAACGAGUACGUAUUUUAGUGUGUUAUCGUAUGUUCAGGGAAACUAUGAGCCCGUCACUCUUUAGGUAUAUACUUAUCGAUGACUAACAAGGAAUCAGUAGUGACGAGACUUUUCCUGAUCCUGUAAAAAAAAUAAAAAUAAAAAAACAGGGUGAUUUGUUUGUGAUGUGAAUGUUACGCCGCCCAAGAACCUGACAAUAACCAAUUAGGAAUCAUUACAGACCUGACUAUCUUGAUUCUUAUAUAUUACCUCUCCUACGCCUGAGAACAUGAAUUACAUAGUCUGUGAUCGUGAAAAAUCAAUAUAGUAGAACCUAUACAUACAUGGAUCCAUACACGAAAACCGUUCCUGACGACGGCGUGGCAAUCCUUCCUCGAGAUGUCUGUUAAGCUAACGAAGGCAAGCACGGCGAGUCUGUGGCAAUGGAGGUCGCCCCAUGAAGUUUAAACUAGAGCUAGCGGCCCACAGACAUGAUAACGGAUGACGCAAGUUUUCAUUCUCCUCCUCCUCUCUCAUUAACUUUAUUUGUUGCACAGAUACUUGGACCUCAAUAUACUUAAAAGAGAAAAGAGUAAGUUAUAAUGAAACCUCCUUCUCACGUUCUUGUAUAAAAGCCAAAAUCAAUGGAGGGGAUAAGUUUACUGUGAGAGAAAACAAUCUGGCGUGACUUUCAUCUACAUCUUGUUUACCACCUGAAGUGAGAAGUUAAAUGUACAAAUAUAAAAUAUAUAUAAAAGGAAGAUAAGUAUACUUGUUAGCGAUGAAAUGGUAGUAAAAAGGAGAACAUGGUCCUGAAAAUGAAGGGAGGUAAAGAGAGAUGUAUACGAUGUAACAAGACUGACACAACCAAGCGAGACUAGAAAGUCUCCGUCACCUUCACCGCCACCAUGUUCACGCCCUCCACGGGGGAUGGGCGGGCGCGGAGCGAGGGCACGCUGUUCCGCCCCCGCGUCAUGAACAAGUUACAGCGCCGCCCCACCCGCCUCGAGCACCCAGCAGCCACCAGCACACGGCCACACGGGGGCUACCAGCGGGGCGCCUGGGCCGGCUGCUUCAGCCUACUGGUGUCCCCAGCGGCAGAUUCCUACUGGGCAGACUGCUUGCGUUACAUGUGUUCCGUGGAGCAGCGGUCUGACUACAGGACCUCCAAGGCCAACGGACAAAGAGACGGCUCCGUGGCUCUGGUGUUGUCCCAGCCGCACCUGCCCAACGUGAUGUCCACCGUGCGGGGCGGCGGAAACAAGCCCCACGCCGUCCUCUCCUUCAUCAGUUGGGAGCAGCGGCACAGGGACCUACGCGGCGUGCUGGCUCAGGCCCUGCACGCACACGCACACUUCGCGGACGGCUACAUCCUCAACGCGAUAGAGAACGAUGCCUCGGAGGAGAUGGGAGAGCCGCUGCUGUGGUACCCUGUGGCGCACCUAACGCGGGAGUACCACCAGGGCGCCAUGUACCCGCGGGACGGCCGGCGCCACGACAGGAAGGUGUUGGGGAACCACUUCACGUUGCUGCAAGACACGUACUACGAACACACCAAACUGACGCUCAUACUCGACAAGGGAAGAAACGGAGGCGGAGGAGGCGGCAAGGGGGACAGAAUCAGAGGAGGAGGAAGCGGCGGCGGGGGAGGAAAAGUGUCCCCCGCCCCGCCCAUGACCCCUCCUCGGUACUCCCGUAACCUGCUAGUGCUGGCCUACAAGUCUCUGGAGGACUCGACCGACCCGGGGCUGCUGGCGGGCUGGGUGCGUUGGUCCGGCGCGUGGGAGGCUUACUCACUGCUGCAGGAGAGGAAGCUGCCCGUGUCUAGCAUUACCCUAUACGUUCGCGAGCCUUCCCUCACCCCGCCGCGCCGCCCCAAGGAGACAUUCAAAUACGUGGUGCUGCUGGAGGUCAUAACAGCGUCAGGGGGGCAGGUCCAGCAACUCCGGGCGGCCACACAGCGACUCAGGGUGGAGCGGUGGAGCGGCUACACGGGACUCUACACCAUCCACACGCUGCAUGACUUCUCGGAGACCUUCGCCAGCAAUGACAGUCUUAGCCGCAUGGUCUCCGAGGUUGGGUAGGGCGAGGGAGGAGGUGCUGGGGUGGGUCUCAGGCAGCGUUGGGAAAUUGUCGUACCCUGAACAUUGUAUUUAUCAUUUUUAGGCUCGGAGACUGCCGCAACCACACGAACAACGAUAGAAUAUUAAAGUUAGCGUUAAAACUGUUAUUUGUUGAUGCUUUUUGUGUUUUUUUGCUAUAGUUAUCGGUCAAAGUACGACAAUGCAAUGCGAUGAGUACGAUAAUUUGGGAACGCUGGACUCAGGGUCACCUUUUACUGUGUCUCUCUCCCUCCCUGUCACCCUCUCCUUACCGUAAUACAACAGACUUAGGCGAAUGGUCUCCGAUGUUGGGUAGGGUGAGGGAGGAGGUGCUGGGGUGAGUCUCAGGGUCACCUAUUACUGUGUCUCUCUCCCUCCCUGUCACCCUCUCCUUGCCGUAGUACCAGGGCGAGGGAGGAGGUGCUGGGUGGGUCUCAGGGUACACCUUUUGGUCUUUUGAUGCCUCUCCCUCUUUGUCUCAGUGCCCCUUCCCCUCCCUUGGUCCCUCUCUCCCUCCCUCUCGCCAUGGUGUUCUGUGUGGUUUAAGGGUAGAGUGAGGAAGGAGGAGUGAAGGACGGGUCUUUGGAUACUCCUUCUGCCCUCUCUCUUCCUCCCUCUCUCCCUCCCUCUCGCCAUGGUGUCCUGUGUGGUUUGAGGGUAGAGUGAGGAAGGAGGAGUGAAGGAGGGGUCUAUGGUUAUGGAUACUCUUUCUCCUCUCCUUUGGUGCCUCUCCUCUCUUUCUCUCAUCUUUGUCCCGUGGUUUCCUGUAUAUUUUUUUUUACUCGCUCCUGCUGCUUCUCUCUCCCCCUCUCUCCCUCUCUCCCACCGGCUGCCUUUGUCCCCAUCCCCUCCCCUCCUGUCGGGGUGGAUGGGUGGGUAGUUGGGAAGGUAGGAGUAUACGCAGGUACAGUAAGUAAAGAGAUAUAUGUAGAUAGAUAGAUAGAUGGAGAGAUAGAUAGAUGGAGAGAUAGAUAGACAGAUAGAUAGAUAGACUGAUUCAUUUAUUUAUUAUUUGAUUGAUUAUUUGAGAUAGAUAGAUAGAUAGAUAGAAGGAGAGAUAGACAGAUGGAUAGAUAAAUAGACAGAUAGAUAGAUACACUGAUUCGUUUAUU